CGACGCUAGCAAAGACACUUCCUGUUCGGCUGCGGGAUGGACUCAUAGGGUCUGACUGAAGCCACAGGGAGGCUGGGUCUUGGGACCGGAGCCUUGGCGGGACGAUGGAUCGAAAGAAAAAGCCUUUGGACGUUACAGCCUCCUCGUUGGUAGAUCUUAAGGCCGAGCUCUUCCGAAAACAAGAAGAAUUCAAACAAGAAAAACUUCUAAAAGAUUCUGGAGUUUUUGGAAAACCAAAGACAACUAAUAAGAAGCCUAGUAUCUGGAGCAAACAAAAUGCAGGUGUUUCCGGUCGAGCAGAGAAGGAUGCUGAACAGAAGCUUGAGGAGCAGAAGACUUUAGACAAAGCAAGGGAAAAAUUGGAAGAAAAGGCCAGAUUAUAUGAAAAGAUGACUAAAGGAGAUUUUCUAGAUGAGGAAGUGGAGGACAUGUACCUUGUGGAUUUCACACAGAAGAUCAUAGACAAGCGAAAGGAAAUGGAGGUGCUUGGUGCCACUAGAGAUUCCCGAAUUGAAGAAGAGAGAGAUGAUGAUGAUGAAGAGUUUUCUGAAAAAGACAUACCUCCUCCGCAAGACCCCAGUGAGGAAUGGGUGGAUUACGUGGACUCUUUGGGACGAUCCCGGCGCUGCAUGAGAAAGGAUUUACCAGGUCUAUUGGAGAUGGAUAAAAAUCUUCAGGGGAGACUUUUUGUUAGUCCUGCUAAUGAAAAAACGCUGUUAUCUGAAGACAUGAGGAAAGAACUUCAGCGCCAGCAAUGGGAGGAAGAAGAAAGGGAGGCCUUGAAAAGGCCAAUGGGGCCCAUCCAUUAUGAAGACAUUCGGGAAAAUGAGGCCCGGCAACUUGGUGUUGGGUAUUUCGCCUUUGCCCGAGACAAAGAGUUGAGAAACAAGCAAAUGAAAACUUUAGAGAUGCUUCGUGAACAGACAACAGAUCAGAGAAUAAAACGAGAAAACAUAAAGGAAAAGCGAAAAGCUAUGUUAGAAGCAAGACUUGCGAAGCUUCGACAAAAAAAGAUGAAAAAAUCAAAGGAGGAUGGGACUGAAGAAGAAAGAGCAGAUGGAGUUGUUACUGAGCCCUCAGAACCAAAGCCUGUACCUGCCCCGCCUCCUGUGGCCCAGAACAGCAAGGUGGAGGUCAUCAUCCAGGAGAGGAAGGACACCAAGCCUGGGGUGCCACACAUCCGGGAGUGGGACCGGGGGAAAGACUUUUCCUUUGGAUUCUGGUCGAAGAAGCAGUCAGAACUCCGGGCUGAGCGAGAUCCUGAGUUUGCUCCACCUUCAAAUUACUUUGUGGGUCAAAAGAGAACUGGUCCUUUGAGUAGCCAGCCAUGGAGCAGACCAGGAUCAGCACCAAGUGACUUGGGACAUUGCUCUGGCCAGAGCCAGGAACCCAGCUCUUCACACACAUCCACUCCUGCCUCGGAAAGCUCACCACAAGCACCCACAGUCACUUUCCAAACACUAGAUGAUAUGAUAUCUUAUUAUAAACAAGUCACAUGACCUCGUAAAGCAUGCUGGUUACAUUUGUGUCAUAGAAGUCUGAAUUUCCCACGGAUGCUCAGGCUUGAGGGCAGCUAGUUGGCAGGGAGGAGUGAGAGCUCAUUGACUAUUCGGUUGUUCCUUUUUUUUUUUUUUUUUUUUUUUGGUUUUUUUUGGAUUUGGUUUUUUCGAGACAGGGUUUCUCUGUAUAGUCCUGGCUGUCCUGGAACUCACUCGGUUGUUCCUUUUUUUUAUCGCUUGGUAUAAGAGGAAUAUCUCCUCUCCUCCAUGCUGACCCAGUUGUAACUUGGGUGUCCGGGUGUGUGAACUAUAAAUACUAAUCUGAGAAAUCUGA